CACAACACUACACAUCUCUCAUCUGAAGCGGACAUUUCCCCAAAGAGCGGACAUGCAUCAAUUCCUAUGCAAGGACUUUAGCUAGCCCAGCAUUAGUCCCGUAUGAACCCCAAGAGCGCUUGGCUCGACGCGCUUCGACGCGUCCACAAACGAGGCUCAGCCCUUCGCUAGCAACCCCAACAAUCGCCAUGACGGAUUGUCGUGCCUCGCACAUAGCAAUAUCUAUUUUCCGCCCUUACGAAUCACAGCUCCUCACACAAACGCGUUGCGACCCCAGUACCAGAGUGGCGCCGAGACACCCCCAACAGCAGCAUGGCUCUCGCGGCUCUGCACAACUACCUCAAAGCAAACGGCACCGAGCACCUUCUAGACAUCCUGCCCAAGGCCAGCAGCCUCCAAUGGGUCCACCACUCCGGGGUCUCGCCGCGCAAAUCCCUCGUCAUCGGAACCCGCGGCGGCCUAGACGUCUACGCCUUCCUGGCGCAGAAGGGGGACAAGCGCCCCGAACUGCGCUUCUGCACGAAGAGCCACGGUCCCAGCGGUCCGACUGCCCUGCUCCUGGACGAGAUCGUGGGCGUGGAUCUCGUGGCGCCGUUUAAGUAUCUCGCGGGGCCGUCGACGUCUGAGAAACGCAAGAUAGGUAUUUUUAUCAAGUAUUAUUUCUUGGCGGGCGGGUUUGUGAAGGGCGGUGGCGGCGGGGCGCCGGUGCACUUUUGUAGGAGGUUUGAAGCGGGGCUGCGGAUUGUUAAGGAGCGGCUGGAUGAGGAGGGUGUGAAUCUUUUAGAAGGCAAGGGCGCGCAAGAGGAAGGAGUGGAGGCGGACAGCGGAGAGACCGAGGCUGAAGAAGCACAGAAGGAGGAUGAGGAGCCUGCGAACCUUCGGGGGGACAGGGACAAGCAAGAGGAUGGAGAGGAAGCGGUCAGUGGAGAAAGUGAGGCUGAAGAAGCGCAGGGGGAGGAUGAGGAGCUCGAUGACUUGACCAAACGAGCGGCGGACCCGCCGCUAACCAUCGAACUUGCCAGAGAGCGAGUAAAAAAAAUGGGAGCACACCUUGCAAACCUUCAGAAAGAGUUUGAGAAAGCGCAAGAGGAUGAAGAGCGAGAAAGGGGGGAGGGAGAAGAGGAAGACGCAGGUCUUGCAGACCUCGUGGGUGUCGAAUCUCGUUCCGGUCUUUCCAGGAAAACCAGCUCUCCCCAACCACGUCGAGAUUCACCUUCUCCAGAAUCAUCUUCGAGAUCCGACUCAGAGUCUGACUACACCAAGCUAAGAGAUUAUCUGCUUGAAUACCGCGAGCUUUACCUUCUCGAGAACAUCCCCACGCCGGAGGAAAUGCAAUUCGCCGACCAAACACUCCUCCCAUCUUCCGGGCCCAAGAAGCUUUUCGUAGGCCGCCACAUCAGCUCCGGCGACGACAUCUACGCACACAUAAUAAAGAAAAAGGCCCAGCGCCACGAGAUCCACUUCUACCGAGAAAGCGGACACACAGCGCCAGAGAAGAUCCCCGCACAUGUGCUUGCCAAGCAGCAGGUUUGGCAUCCGUUCAAUAAGACCUACGACAAGAAUGUGGAUCCGAUCGAUCGCAGCGACAAGAUACGGCUUAAUCUGAUGGUCAAGUGGUACUUUAUCGCGGCGGGCAUUGCGAAUAACUCUGUACUCAAGGAGGCGAGAGAUUAUCCGCAUCGGUUCCGCAGCGCGCUGGCAUAUAUUGCGCGCAAGAUGGGUCCGGCGGCUGUGAAGCCUCCAAAGGAGGCCGAUGAGUCCCAGGAGGAGGAGGAUGAACCCCAGGAGGAGCACAUGCUAACGGAUGACGACGACAUCGACGAUAGCCAGAUCCUGACAACGCUCGACGUGAGCCAGAUCGAGAUGACGCUCGACGAAGUCGCGACCUCAGAAGAUACCGGCAACGAGCAGCACGGCCGAAUGAAUGGGGACACCCCGCAGUCAGAACCAGUACCAGAAGGUGAGCCGCAGUUAGAACCAACGCCGGAAGCAGAGCCGCAGCCAGAACCUACACCGGAAAGUGAGCCGCCGCCAGAACCCGCACCGGAAGCAGAGCCGCAACCAGAGCCCAUGCCGGAAGCCAAGCUGCCGCGCGGCAAGAAACGCACCGCAGAAGACGCCGAGUUUGAAAGCCUCGCGCAGAUAGUCACGCAGGAUCAGCAGCUCACACGGCAGAUCAACGCUGUCGAUGACGAAUUGGAUAUCCUAGACAUACAGCGGCACGCGCUUAUGGAGAAGCGGAGGAAGUUGGAUAAUGAGCGCAAGGGCUGGAGGAAGAAGUUCAAGAGGAAGAGCUUGAAGAUUGCUACCGAGCUAGCACAGGAGGAGAGUGAUAUGGAGGAGUGAUGGGUACCAGCAUGCGGAUUCACGACGCGGGAUCAUCGCGGCCGGAAACUAUUACGUCACGCUGCGUCUUGUUGCUGGAUGAUACUCAGCCUUACUGUCUCCUCCAGCUUGAAGACCGACUUCGUUGUUUCGGCUUGUAUUGUAUACGUGUAUUGGUUUGGAUCGAAGAACGGCUUCGGCUAGUUUACUGCUUGUUUUGUUCAGGAUCUACCGGUUUUCUGGAUAAGGUCUUUAGUGGUUGCUUUGGCAUAUGCUGCUAUGCCGUAAGUCUAGCUUUGAGGCUUAGUGGAGGGAUCUGCGGGUGAAACAGGAGGGGAGGAUGGAGAUAAAAGCGGUGAGCUGCAGCAUGGGACUGUAAUGAGCAGUAAGGCGGUUGAUGGGCCUGGGGCACACCCAUAUCGAUGCGUUUUCACCUACCCUACGCGUGCCACGAC